AUGGGCUCAAAAGCCCAGAUACCAGUAGCCACCUUCAACGAUCACCGUGACCGCAGGGACACUCCUCAGCGCUACGACGGUGUAGAAGAUCUACCGGAAGUUCGUAACAAUGCGCUCGCAUCCACUCCAGCUCAUGCCACAGAGUCUGAUAUUGAGAGUGGCCCCAGUCACAAUACCUCGGUUUGCGUUGACACUGAAAACUCCCAACGAAGCGAGCGCACAUCGCAGAGAUUUGACUCUUCCACCCAUGAGAGAGUACACACCGAAGCUUUCAAAUGCUCCUUCGACGCGCAAACGGGUCUAGAACCUCAUUGUCCAGAAACACACGUUCUAGACGAAAUCGUGAAGAGGCUGCCAACAGCCUGGAAAGACAUACGAAGAGAACUACCUGAUUCCUACAAGUGGGACGCCACUUACGAUACCACGUACGGCGGUUCCAAAUCGGAUCAGAGCUAUUGGACUUGUACGCUCUUGCCGGAUAGAAAGCUGAGACAAAUACCACUCACGAACGCUGGAGCUCUUGUGGUUCUGCUUGUGCGGCAUAGAUCGCCGCCAGUCGGUGGCGUCUACUCUCGACGAUAUCCAAGGCCAUCGAAUCCUAUUGAUUAUCGAUCUGAGUUGGAUUUAUGCACCAUAAGGGACAUGUUCCAGACUUUCGAGGGCAGUGUGGGGUUCUACGUCCUCAUCAACAGUUUGAUGCAAGUCACUGUUGAGCUGCACAUGUCCCACAUUGAAUCUAUCAUGGCGCUGUCCAUAUUACUCCUCGCCACCGCGUUCGGACCGCUGGUCAUUGGUCCGCUGAGCGAAGUGUAUGGCCACCAGAAGAUCCUGCAUGCGAGCAAUGUCUGGUUUUUGGUGUGGAACAUAGUGUGUGGGUCUGCGAAGACGAAGGAGGAACUCAUUGCAGCGAGAUUCUUGGCUGGGUUUGGUGCGAGUAGUACCUAUGCGUUGGCUGGGGCGUGUUGGGCGAUGUGUGGAGACCGGAGCAGAGAGGGAGGAGUCUGGGAGUUUAUUUGCUGA